CAAUUGAUAUGUCUCAGUUAGUCUUGAACUAUACGUUCGCUAGCAAUGUGCGGUAUUCGGAAUUGAAUUGACAAAAAGAAAAAAAUAGCCGUCGCUGAUGGUGUCGUUAAUUAUCCAAAGAUAAAAGAAUUGCAAUUUACAAAAAAAAAAUCCAAAAAACAAGCGUCAUCAAUUUAAACGGUAUAUUUAAAUUAAUAUAUGUAUUCAUUAUCCAUACAAUCAAAAUACGUGUAAUAAGGUGACAGUAGAAAUAAAUCCUGUGUGUUUAUCGUAUUAUCGUUUACACGAAAGAAAACCGAAAUGUUUCAAACAUUAUUAAAAUGUCUUGUGUUAGGCAUAACCAUUCAAACGUUAUUGGCCUUGGAGAAUGGCUUGGCGCGUACACCUCCAAUGGGCUGGAUGCAUUGGGAGCGUUAUCGUUGUAUUACUGACUGUAAUAAAUAUCCUGAUGAGUGUAUAAGUGAAAAGUUAUUUAAACGUACCACUGAUUUAUUGGUCGAUGAAGGAUAUUUGGAUGCUGGUUAUGAAUAUGUCAUUAUCGAUGAUUGUUGGCUGGAGAAGGAACGUGAUAAUGUCACUAAACGAUUAGUUGAAGAUCGCAAACGGUUUCCAAGUGGUCUCAAUGCCUUGGCGGAUUAUAUCCACAAAAGGGGUGUCAAAUUCGGUUUAUAUCAAGAUUAUGGGACCAACACCUGUGCCGGUUAUCCCGGUGUGAUAAACAAUAUGGCUUUGGAUGCUCAAACAUUUGCCGAUUGGGAUGUGGAUUAUGUUAAAUUAGAUGGUUGCUAUGCUGAUAUCAAUCAAAUGGAUGAAGGUUAUCCGGAAUUUGGAAGGUUAUUGAAUCGUACGGGACGUCCCAUGGUAUAUUCGUGCAGUUGGCCAGUAUAUCAGGAAUACGAGGGAAAAUUGCCUAAUUAUGAAGCUUUGAAACAACAUUGUAAUUUAUGGCGUAACUGGAAUGACAUUGAUGACUCCUUUGAAUCCGUUGCCCAAAUUAUGGAUUAUUUCUCCAAAAAUCAAGAUAGAAUUCAGCCACAUGCCGGCCCUGGCCAUUGGAAUGAUCCUGAUAUGCUGAUCCUUGGUAACUAUGGUUUAUCAUAUGAUCAAAGUAAACUACAAAUGGCUGUUUGGUCCAUUUUGGCCGCUCCAUUAAUUAUGUCGAAUGAUUUGUCAGCAGUACGACCAGAAAUCAAGGAGAUUUUACAAAAUAGGCAUAUAAUUGCUGUCGAUCAAGAUCCUUUGGGUAUCCAGGGAAAACGUAUUUUAAUUAAAAAUAAAAUUGAGGUAUGGUCCAGACCCAUUACACCUGUACUUUCGAAUGGUGAAUAUUCAUAUGCUGUGGCCUUUGUUAGCCGUCGUGCAGAUGGUGCACCCUAUACCAUUAAAUUUAAGCUUGCCGAUUUGAAUUUGACAAAUUCUCGUGGUUAUUCGGUUACGGAUCUCUAUGAUAACAACAGAUAUUUGGGACAUGUCAAAUCAUCCACAGUUUUUGAGACACGCAUCAAUCCCAAUGGUGUUAUGUUCUAUAAGUUUACGGCUUUGCAAAAUGGAAGAAAAUAAUUUGUGUCUAACGCUAUUACUUACAUCCAAAGAUUAAACGAUCCAAAAAUGUAGAAUAUAUUAUAUGUAAGAGUAUCAAAUUGUUGUAUUAAUAAAUGCCAGAAUUUGGGUUUUCAUUUGAAA